AUUUCUAAGUGGUAACUCAGUGAGAUGCAGAUAGUUGAACAUAGCUCCGCAGCAUGAAGACCCAUUAGCAAAACAUGGGCCAGUGUACCAAAAUGCUUACAAUUUGCCAGAAUAUACUCAAAUAUAUAUCUUUAUCACUUCUAAACCCUCAAUUCCUGCAAUUAUUCUCAGAGAUCCACGUGAGUUAUUUAAAGAAGUACUGUUUUAAAAAUUACUAACUUUAAAAGCCUUUCUCUGUAUCUGGCAUAUUUUUCUCCCUCUACCUGAUACUGAGACUUGGAGGAAUGCCUUAAGCCACAGUACACAGGCAGUGCAGUUUGUAGACCUCCCUUCCUACAGCCUUGGGGAAACAUAAGCAUCCAUGUGGCCCUGUAGUGAAUUCCACCAGGAAACUAGACCAGGUUAUGAGUAUACAGGCAAAAAAAAGUGAGUUUUCUGUCAGAUCACGCCCUCCUUCUCAUCUGUCUCCCAGACACAAAUGUCCUGCUUGUUCUCUCAAUGUUUUCACAAGAUACUGACCCAAAUUCAAGACCAUAUCUAAAGUCAGCCGCCUGGCCCCUAUCAGUCUCCCAACAGACUCCCUCAACUCAGUGUUGGUGCCUGCUGCGCCACUCAUCUGGUCUUUGCUGCUCGCUGUGCUCCCAAUUGGGGUUUAUCCUGAAGACUGGCUUGGAAUCAUCUACAUGCUGCAGGUCACAUCUGUGUUCUUAAAGAUGCUUUCAUGUAUGAAAGUCAAACUGAAAUAGCAAACCUAAUCUCCACAGACAAGUUUGAUGGAGCCCUGGCCAUUCAUCUUUAUAAAGGAGGCAGACUUCUGCAAGGUAGCAAAAUUCCUUUUGGAAUUAUCUUUGGUGGGACAGAUGUAAAUGAAGAUGUCAAAUGUGAAGAGAAACAUCGGGUAAUGGGAGCAGUGCUAGAAGAAGCCAGGUUUGCAGUGGCUUUCACGGUGAAAAUGAAGGAACUGGCAGCAGCAGAGUGGCCAGAUGCUAGGAAGAAAAUAUAUGUCCAGACUCAAGGAAUUAAGACUACACCCAAGGAAACAUUUGACUGGUAUAGAUUUCUACAAAAUGCAGGUAUUCCUACAGAUACAGACAGUUUACAUGUUUUUCUCUUGAUAUGUGGACUUCGAAGAGUCAAAGACCCCCUGUAUUUAGUAGAUGUCUUUUCGGAUUGGCACAGAAAGGAACCCAGCAUCCAUCUGGGCAUAAUUGGACCUGCAGUUGAUCCCCUUUUUACCAGUGAAGUUAAGGAAAAAGUUAAAAGGGCACCUGGGGUACACUUAUUACAGGAGAUGCCCCAAGAUGAUCUUCAUGCUGCUAUGAAAAGGUGCUUUGCUGUGGUGAACAGCUCCAUUUCAGAGGGAAUGUCUGCUGCAAUUCUGGAGGCAAUGGAUUUAAACAUUCCAGUGCUGGCAAGGAACAUUCCUGGGAAUGCAGCAAUAAUAAAACAUAAGGAAACAGGACUGCUAUUUUCAAAUCCUCAGGAGUUUGUUGUGCUGUCCAAGAGUUUGAUGAAUGACCCCAUUAUGGAAAAAGAAAUUGUAACAAAAGCCAAAGACUACAUGAAGAAACAUCAUUCAUGGGAAAGUGAAAGAAAAGCCUAUGAGAACCUUGUCCUAAGACUCCAGUGAAUUGCAAGACCACAACUGAUACCCACCAGUCUAUGUAAAGCACUGUAAUGGAGGAUGUACAAUUAGAUUUGGGUUUCUCUUGGUUUCUUUUUUGAAGAGAUAUUAAGACAUGCAUUAAUAUUCUGUUCAAACAUACCAACAUCACAGGAGUUGUCUGCUAUUCAAACUCAGAUUUUAUCUAAUUCAGCACACUGUCUCUAGUGUACCAGUUCAUCACAGACCAGUAUCAUUUUGUAAGAUCACAUAGGAGAAAUACACUCUUUGAA